UUAUCGCCGUUUGUCGACGACCAACGUAGACGUUUUACGUGAACGAGCCCGGGUGUGCGCCUUGGUGACAUACUGUGUGAAUCUUGAUAACCUGACUGUGACGUGGAAACGUGAAUUUGUUGGAAACUUUUCGAAAUGUCUGACGGGACCGAUUCAACGUACGAUGUGGCUGCGGCUGCCUUCAAGUUACCAGUUGUUGUGUCACCGCAAGCCAGUGCGCAGCAUAGCGAUAACAGCAGCAGUAGCAGCUCGGCCAGACAGCGGCAGCAGAUUGAACAUUCUACGAUCGAUAGUGAGACGAGCGCAUCGCACGAAGAGACCAAGGAAGCCAGUGAAAGUGAAAACGCAACUAGUAAACAUUCCGAUAACGAACCGGUCAGUGCAACGACGGUGAGAGAUAAGACCGAUACGUUAUCAACGGAACUCGCGAACGGUGUUGUAGGUGGUAGCGGCCACACAAGUGAUUCUAUGAUUUACUCAACGAUAAGAACAAACGAGGAGCAUGUAAACACUCCUUCGGUGAUAACGUCUAGCUCUAAGCAGUUACAAGAAAGUGCACAGAAGUACGAAUCCUAUGUUAACGCGAAUCAUCAGCUGGGUUCCCCGCCGCGAUACUCCACGCUGCAUCCGCUGAUUAGUCCAAGUUUGCAUCAACAGGUGGGCUAUUUUAGCUACGCUGCGCAGGAACCGUCGUUCAACAGUUGGCCGUGCGAUCUGUCGUACAAGACUAGUGAUAUUGAACGGCACCAGAGUCAUCAUCACGCGCAGCAUUCGGAGAGUGAGGAACGCGAAUUGAGCCAUCAUCACCAACACCAACAAAGAGAAGCGUAUUGCAGUAGUGCAAAUAAUCCUCAUCUGCACGAUUCGCGUGCCCACCAGCAUCCAGAGCACUCAAAUUUAAAUUUGAAUAUCAACCCAAUUAGUAGCGAAUCGUCAGCCAUGAGAAGUAGUCUGUUGGCGUUUUGUCCGCCGUACGGCUCGUCGUUGGCGCAACACGGUGGCGAAGAUUUGCACCACCACCAAUCGAGCCAUGGACAUCAGCAUGGCUCUGCAAUCGAUGAAGUGAUUGCAGACACGUUGAAGGACGAAAGCUGCAAUAUUGUGGAUCAUUAUCUGACUCUCAGUAGUGCAAGUGUUGAUAUGGGACAUCCCGGGUCGUCGGGAGCAGAUAUGGCAGAUGAUUCGCCGCAGCAUCAGCAUCAUGAGCUGCACGAUUUGAAGGACUACAGCGCUGCGGUUUAUCAUAACAACAAUGAUAAGAGUGUGAUCAAUUUCAAUCACCAUCACCAUAGUCACCACCAUCAACUGCAGAACGCACACAACAAUGGCAACAGCAGUGGCGGUGAAUCGCGCAGUCCUUCGGGCUAUUCGCACGAAGAACUGGACAGCAGUCUGACGAAUUUGACUCAGUUGAUCAACGUGCCUCGCGCGAGCGAUACCAGCACGUCAGCGGCGGUGGCAGUGGCGACGGCGGCUGCAGCAGCUUCGGCCAGUAUGUACCAAGCGUCACCGGUGCACGACCCUUCGGCGGCCGCUGCACUGAUGCAGCAUGGAACCAGCAUCUACGAUACGCUACAUGCAGCGGGUAUCCCCAGCAGUCCAUCGUACAGCCGGGGCGGUUUUCCGACGGCGGCAUCGAUGCAAUACUUCGGAAGCAGUCCCACCCACGAGUCGGUACACAUGUGGUCCCCUGGGGUAGGUCUAAGCGAGAACGAGUACAUCAAGGGCAGUUUACCGGGUUUCCAGAGGAUUGCCCCCAGUACCAAUGCUGCCCGGGCCAAUCACUACGGUUCGAUCUCAUCCAGCUAUGGACAGCAGUCAGAAGCAUGGUCGUCUCACUACGACACGAUCGCCUACAGUACCGCGUCCAGCAAUGGCUCGUCAGGUCGACGGCCUUCCACGAGUGUACCUACGACGACACCGUUCUCGGCAGCCGCCUCACUAACUGCAAUGGGCAUAGAGGCGGACUUGUUUACCGAGGGACGAGAAUGUGUCAAUUGCGGAGCGAUUCAGACUCCGCUCUGGCGCCGGGACGGAACUGGACACUAUUUGUGCAAUGCGUGCGGCCUCUAUCACAAGAUGAAUGGAAUGAAUCGGCCGCUGGUUAAGCAGCCCAGACGCCUGGUAAAAGAACCUAGUUCAGCGCGACGUGUCGGACUGCAAUGUUCCAACUGUAACACGAUGAACACAUCGCUCUGGAGACGCAACCAGGUCGGGGAGCCGGUAUGCAAUGCCUGCGGUUUGUACUACAAGCUGCACAACGUUAAUCGACCGUUGGCGAUGAAGAAGGACAACAUUCAGUCACGCAAACGCAAACCAAAGGGCAGCAAAAAUGCCGAUGGAACGUCCACCUCGAAGAGCAGCAGCAGUAGCAGCAAUAGCAACAGCAAUAAUAACAGCAGCAAUAACAAUGGCAGCAGCAGUAGCAAUAACCCAAGUAGUACUAGUAACAGCAGCAACAAUAAUCACAGCUCAACCAGCUCGCUGAAUACGUCCGUGCUAGGAAACUCCGUAAAUGAACUAAAAUCUCUGAAAUCAUCGGUGGGCCACUCGAGCAUCAUUCAAUCCACAUCGACACCGUCAAGCGUCGGAAGCAACAUGUCUCCAACGCACCAAUCCGAUUCCCCAUCGCAUCACAACCAGCUGUCGCCAAUCCCGUACUCCCAGCAGGUUCCAUCGCCAAUCACCGGCACUCCCACGAGUACCAUCGUAAACAACAACAACAACACCAGCAGCAUGAACAAUAACAACGGCGUCGGCAAAUACGUCCACCAGAAGGGCGUUUUCAUGAUGCCUCCUCUAGGUGGACCGUUGACCAAUGCCAAUGCCCUGGUCAGUCAUCACCAGGUACCAGCGUCACUCAGUCCCAUGGGAUACCAUUUGAUCAACAACAACAACCUCUCGAAUGGAUCAAUGAUGAGCCCAAAGUACCACCAUAGUCCUUCCGAGUCUCCGACCAGUAUGUACUACGACAUGAUGGCAUCGGAAGUGAACAGCGUCGACCACCACGGGUUGGGAUCCAUCGUGAAGAUGGAACCGAUGUCUGUUCCCUACUCAUCCUACCAUCAGGCCAUCCAUCAGCAGGUCGUACAACAGCACCACCAGCAACAGCUGCAACAACAUCAGCAGCAUAUUCAGCAACAACUGCACAACCACAGUAGAAGCCCCUCCGUCUCGGAUGAGAACGAUCAGAGCCAUCAGUCCUCGGAUGGGCUCGACUGCAAGCACAGCAUCACUCGCCCAACCGUGGUUUCCAUGUCCAGCUAAGCGCCAUAGAAUCUAGAAAACAGAAUGAAAAUGCAAUUUCAGAAUCUCAUGCUCAAAGGCCAAAUACCUAUUUAGGAAGCAUCGAAAAGACUUGAACGAAUGGAAGGAAAUCACGAGAUCACGUACAUUGCUACACGGUGAUGAUUCAGCGAGACUCGUUAAAAGUAAAUCCCCAAGACAGGGCAGGGCUCUGCUUUAGAGUGGGGCUUAUCUUCUUCCUGAAAAAAGCACUAGAAUUUAGAAACAUUCUAACAAGAGAUAAGGACUGCAAUAAGAAAACCAGAAUCUAUCGUACGCUAGGUAGUAGCGGGAGAGAGUCUAUUCACUUUUAUAUAAACCGAAUCACUUAAUGUUAGGGAGAAAUGUUGUAAACUGCGUUAUAAAACAAUAGCAUGUGAACGAGUGUGUCAUCUAAUCAGCUGCUCUAGAGUAAUACGAACCGAUGUGUUUGUAAAGUUACGUUUGUUGAUAAGUGUUGUAAAUAAGCGUUUUAUUUCCUGAAACCAAACCCUUCGAUAUGAAUGUGAAUGAAUCAUACAAUUUAAGGCUAGCUGUUGCAAUUAGGAAUAAGGAAGAAGCAAGCUCUCUAACUCACGAUAAUACUUCGUAUACUUUCCAUGGCCUAGGAAGUGAUUUCUGAUCUGUUACACCUGUACAUCUCUCAACGACGAUUAGAAUCGCUAUUUUUAUGAAAACCAGCAGAAUACCAAAUUUUGUUUUACAUGCGUUAUUUGUUAAAAGAAUAGGGUUAAUUAUAGUAAAUAAAGCACUCUCUUUUUUUAGCCUAA